AUGCCGGUGGAAAUUCGAGCAUUCGCUGAUUUGCAGAGGAUUAUCGCCGAUGCUGGAGCCUCAAAGUUGCUCAUUUGUGACUUCUAUGCGGAUUGGUGCGGUCCGUGUCGAAUGAUCGCUCCACUCUUCGAGCAACUCUCGCAACAAUUUCCGGAUGCCGUCUUUUGCAAGAUCAAUGUCGAUAACUGUAGAGAUGUGAUGACAUUUUAUCGAGUCCGAGCCAUGCCGACGUUUGUUUUUUUGAAAAACAAUGUCGAGGUUGAACGAAUGGAAGGAGCGAAUCCGCAGCGAUUACAGCAAAUCAUUUCGACACACUACACGGCCGAUAAUCCAAAUGCGGCUACCGAACUGGAACGAAAUUUUUUGAGGCUAUUUGAGAGUGCUUCUAAUAAGAUGCAGAUUUAUAAAGAUGAGGUGAAUCAAACGUUGGCUUUGAGUCUGAUCCCAAACGAGCGUCUCCGUGCAGAUUCGAUGAUUGAUGAAAAGGUUAAUCUAUUUCAUCUGUUGAAGAAUUUAACGGAAUGGUUCAAAGUGGAGUUCUUUUCGUGGACUGACACGCCAAAAUGCGAAUGUGGCGAAGUGACCUCAAGGAAUACGUACAAAGAAGGAACACCGACUGCAGAAGAAUCAUCUUAUGGAGCCGAUCGAGUUGAGGUUUACACGUGCAAAUGUGGCAAAGAUGUCCGAUUCCCUCGAUACAAUGAUCCGACGAAACUUUUGGAGACUCGCAAUGGUCGCUGCGGUGAAUGGGCGAACUGCUUCACUCUUUGUGCGGCAGCGAUGGGUUUUGAUGUCAGAUAUAUCUACGACGUGACCGAUCAUGUGUGGUGUGAGGUUUGGGUGCCGGAGCUCGAUCGAUGGGUACACGUGGAUCCUUGUGAGAAUCUUAUCGACUCACCGCUCGUCUACGAACUGGGUUGGAAAAAGUCGCUGAGCUACGUGGCUGCUUUCGGAUUUGAUCACGCGUACGAUGUCACCUGGAGAUACAUCAGUGACGCUCGGAAGACAAAGAAAAGAAGAACCGCCGUCCGAGAGACCGUCUUGCAAAAUUUUCUAACGAAAUUAUCAAAUCGGAUGUCUAAAGAUGCCACUCAACAGCGAAAAGACGAAUUGAGUCAGCGUCGAUUACGAGAACUUAUCGAACUACUUCAUAUUGCACCGAGAACGGACAGCAAGAAUUAUGGAGGACGAAUCUCGGGCGAUGAACGAUGGAAAAAGGAACGAGGCGAGGGUGGCUCAUGUACAACGAGUCCCAAAAGAAAACAAAUUGUGAUUCGACCGAAUGAUCAAGAAAUGUCAAAGAAGAAAUUUACGCUUUCUUAUAACGUUGUGAAAGAUGCGUAUUUGCGAGGAGAAACUGCCUCAAAAGGAUUUCACUCGAUGGUCUUCAAAUCGAAAGAUAUUCAAUUGAAGAAAGAAUUUGACUGGAAGAAAGCGUACUUGUGCCGGAAAGAGGGAAAAGAUGAGGGAGAAAUCUGCUGGACCGUCGAUUUGACUGGAUUAAAAGCGAAACGAGCAUUUUUGAAGGUCGAUGGAAUGGCGACGUUUGAAGGAGGAAAACUAACAAUGACGGUAUGCGCUGAUGAUGUGUGCAUGCGAGUACCGGCUUCCGGCGAGCUCAUAUUCGAUGACCCACCGAGCACGAUGUUACAGAUUAAGGCACAUCUAUCCGGUGGUCGUGGAGAGAACGCUUUUCAACACACGCAACUCUUCCGUGCAUCACUUGUCGAAGCGACGGAGACUUCACAAAUGCAAAUCGAAAUCGAUUUUGAG